AUGAGUCAAAUCUCGCUCCAUUUCUUACUCCCUGUCAAUGGUAGAGGCACGCGAGGAGUAGCAGAAGCGGUAGCACUUGCUGAAAGUGACCAGCCACUGGCAACGAAUUUGAAAUCCAGUAAAAUCCGGUGUGGAUGUGGGAGGCUGAAACGGUACCACAUAGCAAUUGAUGGGGCAUCGGAGGAACAGUGCAGGAGAUCAUCGAACACGCCGUCACCGGAAAUAAAUGACCGAAUAGCGCGAAGCGACGAUGAAGUUGAGCAGGAUAUGACCGGUGGCGAAAGUGAAGCUGGCCUGCCACCGGUGAGUAAAAAAGCUUUUAAUUGA